GCAGGGCAUUUCGAGCUAUGGCGCUCUUGCACUUGUGCCGCGCGCUCCGGAAUGGAGGUUUGCGAUCUAGCUGCAGUAGAUUCCUGGCCGCAAGCAGCAGAGGUACAGGUUUUGGAAAGGAUCGGUUCGCGUAUUGCACCAAAGUGGAAGAGGUGGAAGAGGAUCAUGGAGAGGAGAUUCGGGACUGCGGGUUGCCCGCCGCGGACACGGACGAGGAAGAACCACAUCCACAGGAGACCAAAUACAUGAAGAAGGCUGUUUUCGCGUCACCGGACAAGUACUAUGGGCCCGGCAUUUACAAGGCGAUCUUGGUUGGAUCAGUGGGACAGAAACCAGUGGAGAGAGUUUUUGCCACCAAUGUCUCGGUGGUGAUCUUCUCGCUGGGAACUGGCGGGCUUCGCAACAACAGGAAGCAGCUGGAAGGAGAGCAUUGGGAAACUUAUGCGGAGCGGAGCUUCACGCAGUGGCACCGAGUUUGCGUCUUCAAGCUCGGGCUUUUAGACAUGGCCAGAAAGCUCACCAAAGGGAACAAUGUCUACCUCGAGGGCAGCAUCGAGACGAGAGUGUACAGCGACGCUGUGACGGGAGCAUUGAAGCGAGUUCGAGAGAUUUGCGUCCGGCAGUGUGGACGUUUGUAUGUUGUCGAUUGAGUAUGUUCCAAAACAACCACAACGCAAAGUUGAUGGCUCAAGCUCUUCUUGGAAACAACGAGCUAUCCAGGGAAGAUCUGGCCUCCUUGUUGAGAAACUGUGCUCAAUCCAAGGAUCUCAUCACCGGGCGGCAAGUUUACUCCAAGAUCUUCGCAAGCGACGCUCACUCGAAGGACAUCUACCUCUUGAACUUGACUGUUCUCAUGUUUUCUAAGUGUUCCAGCGUCGAAGAUGCCCGCAUUGCUUUCCAGGCAAUCCAGCAUCCGAACACUUACUCGUGGAACAUCAUGCUGGGCGCUUAUGCCCAAAAUGGGCAUCUCGAUCAAGCAAUGCCCAUAAAGCAUGCCAGAAAAAACUAUCGUCUCUUGGAA